AUGCGUAUCGUCGGCGGCGUCCUUCUUCAAUCCCUCAAGAUGUCUGGCUCCUUUUUCGCCCCCAACUGUCCCAAUCGGCUGCCUCUGGGACUCGGAAGUUCUGUUGUUCCUUCAGACCCCUCUGAUGAGGGCGUGUUUAUCGCCCAAGUGUUGCCUGAUGGCCUUAUCUCUCGCGAUGGUCGUAUACGUCCGGGCUCUCGCCUUCUUGAAGUGAAUGGCAACUGGUUGCUUGGGGCCACACUCAGAGAAGCUAUCAAGGUGAGCUGCUGUAUCCGGGCCCCUAGUAUCUUCCCUAAGCACCUUAGACCAGUGCAUAUUCUACUACCUGGCUACCUUAAACAAGCAGAUUAUUUUUACUAUUUUUCAACUAACACACCAAUACUAAUAGCUUUCUUAAUGCUUUAUAUACAGUUUCCACUUUAUUGA